AUGAUUUGCACUCGAGCCAUCCCCCUUCUUGUCAUCUUCAUCGCCGUCGGUGGAGCCGCUUCUCAGCUCGGUUUCUUCGCCCAAACCAGCGGCGAACUGCAAUGGCGCGAUGCCCAGGCCUACGCCAACAAGGAGGGUCUCGAAGUCCUCCUCUCCGGUAGUGCUGCCCUGCUAGCCUUUACCGGUGCCAUCUACGCCGUUGGCUUCGUUCUCCGCAACAUCCUGCACAACGCUGUCGGCAAUGUUCUGCAGGCCUUUGGCGAAGAUGUUCUGUCGGCCCUCCGCUGGCUGUCCAAGUUCCGUUCUGCUCAACUUCGCAGAUCGCACGCCGAGAAACGCGAUGCCCAUCCCCUGAAUAAGGAUCGGGACGAAGAAGGUGCCGCCUCGGCCGAGAUGCUCCUGCAUAACGGCACACCGCGAUUCAGCGAGGACCACUCCGACAUUUCGACGCUCCUAGACGAGCCGUUCCAUGAGAAGGGUUACGAGUACGACCAACCUGAACCGAGCCGCCGACGCCGACGCCUCCCAGCUUGGAUCGGCUUGUUCUUCUUUGCGGUCUACCUGACCAUUGCUCACAUCACACGGCCCGCACGGCCUUACGACUACAUGUCCAUCACCCUGCCCAUCUCCAUGCUGGACGUCUUCCAGAACCAUGCCGACUACUGCACCCUGCAGAACAGCAUCUACGACAACCCCUGGCCAUUUCCCGACCUGCUCGCAGAGGAUCACUGGGAGAAGCCCGGUGCCAACUCGAAGGGCUGGGCGCCAGGCUCCGAUAGCAAGCUGGCGCAGGAGUACCGUGAGAGGACGCCGCAGUGGCUCCCUGAGGAGCUGCCGCGCGGCUUCUUUCGGUGGGACCCCCUUCGCUUCAAGAAUGGCUUCCUCGGAUCGCAUAAGCCUAAGGGGCCUGGCCAGACGCCAUUCUGCCCAAGCGUCCCCCUGGAGCCACCCUUCUACAAUCCGGUAAACGACCCUCUCAAGAUCACCAACCUCGACAAUGAUAUCUUGGAGCCCCUGCGAAAGCCACUCGAAGACGGCUCUAUCAAGAUCAAGAACGUUGUGCUCGUUCUCAUGGAGAGCUUGCGUCAGGAAUUUUGGCCGAUGAAGCAAGGUUCAGAGCCGUGGAAGAAUAUUAUGAAGGCGCACGAAGGCGAGUCGAAGGCAGCGAAGGAUAAGAUUAACCAAUUAUUGUCCCAGAUGGCUCCGCAUAUCGAACAGAUCUCUGGAGUUUCGGGUGGCUUCAAGGACUUCGCCGGCAAGGAGUACCCGAAGGCAAAGAAGCACUGGACUGAUUCCAGUGCAGAAGGAUUUGGCGGCGUCAACGUCGUCGGCUCCUACACUGCUGCUUCCAUGUCGACGAAGAGCUUUGGUUCGGUGCACUGCGGCGCCUGGCCGAUGCCCGUGGACAAGUUCGAUGAGGCUGACACCGACAGCUACCAGCCAUGCAUCCCGCAGGUUCUCGACCUUUUCAACAAAGCCAAGGUCGAUGACGAGACGCCGAGCGAUGACUUCCGCGACCAGGAAUGGAUGCCGGCUCUUUUCGAAGCUGAGGUGGAGGAGUACGACAGGCAGGAGAUUUUCGACCAAAAGAUUGGAUUCAAGCAUAUUGUCACUCGAAAGCAGAUCGAGGAGAGCCCCAGGUUCAACUCGUCCAACAUCUUGAACCAGAAGGUCAACUACUUCGCAUAUCCCGAACCCGUCCUCAAGCCGCACAUUUCGGAGUUCGUGCGCAGCGCCCGCGCCAAGGACAAGCGCAUUUGGAUGUCGCAUUUCACCAGCACAACCCACCACGCGUGGGAUACUCCCAGCGAUUUCAGCACACUCGAUUACCUGCCCAGCCAGGGCAGCAACGCGUGGCACACAGAUUUUAACAAAUACCUCAACACUCUCCGCUAUCACGACAAGUGGAUGGGCGAGCUCAUGCAGCUCUUCGACGACCUCGACAUGACCAACGAGACGUUGAUUGUCUUCAUCGGUGACCACGGUCAAACAUUUAAGGAGGACUACCGCAAGACGGGAACAUACGAAGUGCCCCACGUUUCCGAUUUCCGCGUACCCAUUACGUUCCGCCAUCCGCACCUGCCGCGCGUACAGUCCGCCGUCAAUGCGACAUCCAUCUCUGUCCUGCCAACGAUUCUUGAUCUGCUUGUCAGCAGCGGCUCUCUCAACAAGCGCGAUACCGAGAUGGCAACGGAUCUCGCGCAGGACUACGAAGGGCAGUCUCUUGUGCGGGAGUACAAGAAGAAAGACGGCAAGCGGCGGGCGUGGAACUUUUCAGUCAUCAACUCGGGUGCCGGCAUGUUGACUGUAACGUCAGCUGAUGUGCCGUACAAGCUCAACAUGCCGCUCGAAAAAGUGUUUGAGUACAUGGUCUCGAACCUCGCGGAGGAUCCGACAGAGCGAAACGCCGUGACGGCGUGGACGUACGACGAAAUGGUCGCCAGCGUCGAGAAGAAGAUGGGCAAGGACGCCAAGGUCUGGGCCGAGGAGGCUGUUGCGGUGGGCAAGUGGUGGGCCAAGGAGCGGAAGCGAUUAUGGAGGUAUCGCACGCUGCCCUUCUACCCGGGCACGUCGGGCCUCAAGGGCCAUGGCCCGCCACAUGGCCAUGGGGCCGGCGAGCCCUUGUAA